GAAUUUGCACACUAACCCUGCUCAUUUACCAAGGCAAGAAUGUGAGCUUAGUUUUUUGAUUCCUUUCAUUCUCAUUGCCUGCAGACCAUGUGUGAGGGAUAUGCUGCUCCUUUAAUGAAAGAAGAAAAUGGCCACCCCAAUUCCAGAUUCCAGGACAUCUUCAGUGGUACCUUGUGCCUGUCUUUCACUGAGGAGCAUCAAUGUGAUGAGGAACGUCAUCCUAGAGUUGUGACUUCACACCAUUCCCAGCAACGUGGGCGUUUCAGUCAAUAUGUACGGGAGAUGCUAUGAGGGCAGAUGCUGUGUUGAAAGCAAACAGCUUAUUGAUGGUUUGGAAGGUGGUGGGGAUACCAGAUACCAAGCUGGGUUACAAAAUGUACCCAAACAAGACGUCCGUAGCAGAUGUUGUGAUGGCUUGGAUGCUGAAGGAGAACAGAGAUCCCACCCAGAGUUGGACAUUGACGAGAUCAAGAAAAUAAUCAAGUUGCACUCAAACACAGAAUGUAAGCAAACUUGUGGCAGCAACUGGAAUGAUCCUCCACAAGCCGAUGGGGAUUUAGAUGGGGCGAAUGAUUUGCAUGUCUAUCUAGAUGAGGAGGGUGCCCAAGAUUUGUCUUCCGACGUGAACGGUGACAUUAACCAAGACAGGGGUGGAAGCCCUAAUCAAGCUUUCCACACAGAUGUGGAAGGAACCCGAAGUGUCUGUCCAGAGGUGGAGGGAGAAGCAGAUGUAGAUUCCAUUGAGGACUUUGAUUCUGAUGCGGACGAUGGAGAGGACCAUGUUCUCUGCUUGGAUGUCAGCGAUGGUGACCGAGACUUCGACAUUAGCACCGGUCAUCGGGACGUCAACCGCGAAUCGUCCCUCGCGGCCACCUUGCCCGUUUCCCCUUCUGUACCUGACAAACCAUACAGGUGCCCCGAAUGUGGGAAAUGCUUUGGCACCAGCUCCAUCUUGGGCCAGCACCGCCGCAUCCACAGUGGAGAGAAGCCCUACAAGUGCGGCGCCUGCGGCAAAUGCUUCACCCGGGGCUCGACCUUCCUCCAGCACCAGCGGACGCACACGGGCGAGAAGCCGUACAAAUGCCCCGAUUGCGGCAGGUGCUUCGGCCGAAGCUCCAACCUCAUUCAGCACCAGCGGGUCCACACAGGGGAGAGACCCUACAACUGCGGCACCUGUGGAAAGUCCUUUUCUCUCAGCUCCACCCUCAUCCAGCACCAGAUCAUCCACACGGGAGAGAAACCGUACAAAUGCCCCGAUUGCGGCAAGUGCUUCAACCGCAACUCCAACUUGCUGAACCACCGGCGGGUGCACACCGGGGAGCGCCCCUUCGCCUGCCGUGCCUGCGGCAAGACGUUUUCCGAGAGCUCCUCCCUCACCCAGCACCAGCGGACCCACACCGGUGAGCGCCCUUUCCGGUGCAAGGAAUGCGGCAAGUCCUUUUCGCUCAGCUCCACUCUGAUCCAGCACCACGUCACCCACACCGGGGAGAAACCUUACGAGUGCAUGGACUGCGGCAAGUCCUUUGGCCUCAGCUCCACCCUGCUGCGCCACCAGCGUGUCCACACCGGAGAAAAGCCCUUCGAGUGCCAGGACUGCGGGAAGACCUUCGGCAUCAGUUCACACUUUUUGCAACACCGCAGAGUCCACACGGGCGAUCGCCCCUUCCAUUGCCCGGAUUGCGGACGCGCCUUUAGCCAGAGGGCGCAUUUGGCGCUACAUCAAAAGACCCACCAAAACGGGGCAGCCCCGCAGCUCCGCCCCCAAACCCUCUACAUCUGCAGCGACUGCGGGAAGAGCUUCGGGCAGAGCUCGCACUUGGCGCAACACCAGAGGGUCCACACCGGCGAGAGGCCGUACCGAUGCGAGGACUGUGGGCACUGCUUCUCCCAGAGUUCCAAGCUGCUGGAGCACCAGCGGGUCCACACCGGCGAGAGGCCGUAUGCUUGCAAGGAUUGCGGGCGCCGUUUUGGGCACAGCUCGGCGCUGUCGCAACACCGGCGCAUCCACACCGGCGAGAGGCCGUACCAAUGCCCACACUGCGAGAAGGCUUUCUGCCAGAGCUCGGCUCUCGUGCAGCACCAGCGUAUCCACACCGGGGAAUUGCCGUACGCGUGCCAGGAAUGCGGGAAGCGCUUCCGAUACCUCCUGCACUCCCACCUGGUGCAGCACCGGCGGACGCACACGGGCGAGAAGCCCUACGUCUGCGGCGACUGCGGCAAGGCCUUUUCCUGGAGCUCCAACCUGGCUCAGCACCAGCGGACCCACACCGGGGAGAAGCCUUAUGUGUGCCGGGAGUGCGGCAAGGCCUUCUCCCAGAGCACCAACCUCAUCAAACACCAGCGCAGCCACACGGGGGAAAAGCCCUAUCGCUGCCCGGAGUGCCCAAAAAGCUUCUACCGCUCCUCGGACCUCAUCCAACACCAGAUCACGCACACGGGCGAACGCCCCUUCAAGUGCGACGAGUGUGGCAAGGGCUUCACCCAGAGUGCCAACCUGGUCAAGCACCGCAAGAUCCACGCCGGGGAGAAGCCCUUCCGCUGCAACGACUGCGGCAAAACUUUCAUCCAGAGCUCGGAGCUCAUCCAGCACCAGCGGACGCACUCGGGCGAGAAGCCUUACCAGUGCCAGGAGUGCGGCAAGCGCUUCGGCCACGGCGCCACCCUGGUCAAGCACCAGCGCCUGCACAUGGGGGUGGAGCCGUACCGCUGCGCUGACUGCGGCAAGACCUUUGGGCUCAGCUCGGCGCUGGAGCGGCACCGGCGCUGCCACAGCGAGAGCCGCCCCUACGCCUGCGGGGAGUGCGGGCAGAGCUUCUCGCUGGCCUCCAACCUCACGCUGCACUCGCGCAUCCACCGGGGGGAGAAGCCGUACCGCUGCGCCGACUGCGGCAAGUGCUUUGGCAUGAGCUCCACCCUCAUCCGCCACCAGCGCAUCCACACGGGCGAGAAGCCCUACGCCUGCCCCGACUGCGGCAAGGCCUUCGUCCGCAGCUCCCACCUCACGCAGCACCGGCGGACGCACACGGGCGAGCGGCCCUACCACUGCGAGGAGUGCGGGCGGCGCUUCUCCCAGAGCUCCAACCUCAUCACCCACCAGCGCAUCCACAUGGAGGAGCGGCCCCACGUCUGCCAUGGCUGUGGGCGGCGCUUUGCCCAGGAGGAGGAGCUGCAGCGCCACCAGCAACAGGAGGACGGGAAAUGCAGCGGCAAAGGAGGUGCCAGAGAGCCAGAGGGCCUGGGGGAAACCUGUGGGGAAAGCCAUGCACCGGCAUCGCACCCGGAGAGCGGCGCCACUUGCGCCAUGUGCGGGCCAGAGUGCAAAGAUGCAGCCGGACUCAUGCAGCACCAGAAAGGCCACAUCCCCUUCGUCUGCAACAUAUGCGGGGAGAGCUUCCAAGAUGGUGCCAAGUUAGCGCAGCACCAGGAAAGCCACACGUCUUACAUCUGUACCGAAUGUGGGAGGAGCUUUGGGGACUCCGGUGCCUUAGCCUGCCAUCAGGAGAACCAUGAAUCUUGGAUAUGUGGCAUCUGCGGGCAGAACUGCAAGGACCGCUUGGCCCUGGUGCAGCACCAAGAAGCACACUCGCUGCACAUCUGCGGGGCGUGCGGAGAGAGCUUUGUCGACAGCCAGGCACUUGAGGAGCACGAGGAGAGCGGGAGGUGCAAGGAGGACUCCAAGCUCCUGUUUGGCCCAGGAUCCCCGAAGACGCCGGUGCGUGUGGAUUCUAGGGAGAGCUUUGCUGUUGGGACGGCUCUCGUGCCGCGUAAGGAGGGGGAAGCGUCGUGGGGCUGUCUGGAGCGUGGGGAAGGCUGCAAGGAUAGUUCGGCCUUGGAGUACCACCAGCAGAGCCACCGGCGGAGGCCUCACACCUGCUCCAAGUGUGGACAGGCCUUUGCCGAUGGCGCAGCCCUCUCACGCCAUCGGAUGACCCACAUGGAAGCGGAUUUGUACAAAUGUCCCCAGUGCGAGCAGAGCUUUGAGGGCCUUUUGGCCCUCACUCGGCACCGGGGGGAACACGUCUGCGAGAAGUGUCUGGAGUGUGGCCAGGCCUUUGAGGACCGUGAAGGCCUCUUGCUCCACCAGAAGAGCUUGGGGGACAAAUUGCACGGACGUCUUGAAUCCAGAGAACCUCCUCAGGCCGACUCAGAUCUUGUAACUCAACUGAGCGAUCCCAUGGAGGAGCCUGCUGACACAGGUUUUACCACAGCCCAGAAAAUAUUCUCUGGUGACCAGCCCUCCAACGAAAAAGUGGUGUCCAGCCGCCAUGAGAGUGUCCCACUGGAUGAACAGCCCUUUAGUGACCCCUUGAGGCCUACUUUGCACCAGAGAAUCCACCCGAAAGCUCAGACUCUGGACGGUGUCACACCUGAGAGCAUCCCUGAAGAAGAGGCGGCGUCUUUGGGUGGGCUGGGCCUCCAGGACAGCUCAGCUCUUGCCUCACAAACCCCACCCGAAGAAGAGGCUGGUCUGGGCCCCCUGGGUGACAGCUCCCUUAAAGUCAGCUUGGUUGCCGCUCCGCUGCAGAAGAGAGCUUCUUCCGCCGACAGACCUCCUCCGGUCUCCACCGAAAUGGCUGCCCUCAUCCGCCGCCCGAGCACCAAGCCCUACAAGUGCCACGACUGCGAGCAGAGCUUUGCGGACGCCGGUGGCUUGUCAUGCCACCAGGCCGGCCACACGAAGGGGCGGCUGCUGAAGUGUCCCGAGUGCGGGAAGGGCUUCCCGGAGAGGCUGGCUCUGAUCCGGCACCAGAUGGAACACACGGUAGAGAAAGCCAGGGCCGUGCGGCAGACGCCACCACCGAGAAACAAUCGCGGCAAGGAGAGGGACCCCGGGAGCCCCCUGGAAUUCGGGGAGAGCUUCACAGAGAUCUCGGCUGUCCUUUUUCAGAGGGAAAACCACGUCUCUAAAAGGGGCGCAUCGCUGCGGCCAAAGGAUCGUGGUGGGAACGAGAAGCAGAGUUUAGGCGACCCUUUGCAGACCACGGAGCCCUACUUCCACCUUGAUUUGGGGAAAGCCUCGGGUGCCAUGGGAGUGCUGGGCCAGCGCCAUGGGCAGCAGGAGAAGGGCAGAUACUUUGGGCACUCUGAGCCUGGGAAGAUCUCCCGCAACAGCUCGAUAUUGCUGCAGCACCUCCAGAACCACACGGCAGAGCAGCCCUGAAGCCCUGGGGGAUUGUCUCGGUGGAAUUUGGUCAGUACCAGGCAGGUGUGACCUGUGAUGCUCUGUCUUCUGUCACGCUCCCCACCCCCUGUUCGAUGGUCAAAGCUGAGGGUGGGGUGUACAUAGGGGUAAACUGGGGCAACUCAGUCUGCCCAGGUUUGGAGACAUGCCCUCGAUGGAGAGAAGAUACUACGGACAUUAUUAUUAUUAUUAUUAUUAUUAGGGUGGGGGGUCUGUGCAGAUGCGCAGAAUCGAAACGGGAGGUGCUGCAGCAAACAAUGCAAGUUGGGGAAACCCUCGAGGUUCUUUACCAGCAAAAUACACAGUGGCUCUUCCUUUUCAGGUAUUUUUCCCUUCGUUCAUCCUUGGUUUUCCCUCUGAAUCAGAUGAGCUCAAGUCUCUUUGAAGGGUAGCUAAGCUUGUGGUCCUCCGGAUGUUGCUGGACUACAGCUCCCAUCAU